AUGUCCAGUCUAAUAGCAGCACAGUGUUUUCUUGUGCAUGUUUUUUCUGUCUUCUAUGCCCAGCGUCCAUUCCACUGUAGCCACGGAGAGGUCCUUCACGUCAAGUUCAUGUACCAGUUCCGUUUUGCUUUUAAGCACAAGUACUUUUUAAACCCUACGCAGUUAUCUGCUAGCACAAGUACUUUUCAAGCCUUCCGUAGCUGUUUGCUAGUAUUCAAAGGUAUGCUUAUGGAGAGGUGUACCGAGAACCAGCUCAGUAUUUUUACACCCUUUGCAUGGUCAUUGAGUACCUCGUAUUCUAUCGGUCACGAUAUAUCAAAAGGAAUAUACUCAUUGAGUUCGCUCAAGGUACCAUGGCCUAAAAUUGGUCCGUACUUUGAGCGAUUCUACCUGCAUUUACUGCAGUGGAAAAGAAACCAAAAGGGAUUCCGUCUUGGACUUUAUUGUUUGAGAUGGAGAAGCUCCAAUGCAUACCAACAAGUCAGUAGCCUUCACUCCAUGGAAAAGGUUACUGGAGGGACGUUGGAUAUUGGCUCUCCAGAUUUUGUCCUUCGGGGCAUGUCAAGAUUGUCACAGAAAGCACCUGGACGUGAAGUAAUGCAGGUAGAUUCCAGCAAAAUCGCCAGAUUACCCAAACUGGACAUGAGGGACGAACCCGAAGCAAAGUUAAGGUGCCUAAGUAAAUGCUAUGCUGUUCACUUGGGUGUCUCAGACACCUGUCCCGAGCAGUUUGGCAUUAAAGCAUUUCACCGAUACUUUGCCGUCAUGGUAAAUUUGAUGCCAUGCCGAGUAGGCAGGAAUGAGGGUUGUUGA